CCGUGGUUGGAACGCUGGUGUGCGUGCCAGUAGAGUGUGUUUGUGUGUGUGCGGCUGCCGUAGGUACCUCGGUUUGUAGUAUGGGCUGUUUAGAGCUAUUGCAUGGUUGGGCAGCGUGCAUAUCCAGCGUUUUAAGUUUGUUGUAGUUCCACUCCCAAACCCCCGGCUAAUAAGUGCCUCUAAAAAAUGCCCAAGCACGCUGGGCUAACUCUUGGUGUUGCAUCAUUGGUGGGUACAACAGUGGGUUUUCUCGUCCUUUGGAAGUUUCUUAAAAAUCGCAGAAGCCACCUUUGCUCGGCUGUAGACCACAGAAAUUCUGUUAUCCUAGAUGCCACUGGGCAUGAUGCUGACAAGCAGUGUUCAUUAACAAAUCUGAAAGAAACUCCUAAGGUAGAAUCCUCCGGCAUCUCUGUGAUAGAAAAGAUCCUGGUGGCAGACAUUGAAAUAGUCUCUAAAUCCGAGGAAUGGGAGGCUGUGUGGCUUUUGCUAAAGAAAGAUCUUGAUGUUUACCCGGUACUCGGCAUGGAUUGUGAAUGGGUAUCUGUAGAUGGAAAAGCUGGCCCAGUAUCGCUUCUGCAGAUGGCUUCUUAUAGUGGAUUUUGUGUCCUGGUUCGUUUGCCACAACUGACAAGUUCAGGAUGCACUAUUCCAAAGACACUUCUUGAACUGCUGGCAAACAACAGUGUUCUAAAGGUUGGAGUGGGAUGCUGGGAAGACUCCUCUAAAUUGUUCAAUGACUAUGGCCUUUCUGUGAAAGGAUGCGUAGAUAUCCGAUACCUGGCAAUGAGACACAGGAGAGAUAUUCUCCAGAACACUCUGAGCCUGAAGAGUCUCUCAGAAACGAUUUUAUCCUUUCCUUUGGACAAAUCUUUCCAGCUGAGAUGCAGUAACUGGGAUGCUGAAGAGUUCACUCAGGAUCAGGUAAAAGUCUCAUCCAUCCAGCCAGAUAUGCAGAGCAGCAGUACAUCAUGCUCAGAGUUACACUCAUCGUUUCAAUAUCCCAGUGCAAAGGUUUUGUAUGCUGCCAGGGACGCUCAGGUCUCUGUUGCCCUUUUCCUGCACCUCCUUGGGUUCUUCUCAGAUGAUUUGCCCUGCCCGUGGGAAUCGUUGUUGGGAAAAUGCCAAGGACUAAUAGACGUUCCCUUUAAAGGAAAAGGGAAUGGUUUUUCAAAUGGUGAAAUGAGCGGAUCUUCGCGACAGAGGAAAGAGAGAGCUGGUGAUCAGCCAACACAAAACUCUCAAGGCAGAGAUCCCCGCAGAAACAAAAAAAAGCCACUGGGUGUAGGAUACUCUGCAAGAAAGUCACCUUUGUAUGAUAACUGCUUCUUGCAUGCUCCUGAUGGACAACCACUGUGUACCUGUGAUAGGAAGAAAGCUCAAUGGUAUUUGGAUAAAGGCAUUGGAGACCUGGUGAGCACCAUUCCUUUCGUUGUGAAGCUGCGAUUUGAGCCAUCUGGCCGCCCAGAGUCCAACGCAGAUUAUUAUUUAACUGUUAAGGAGAACCUCUGUGUUGUGUGUGGGAAGAGAGAGUCGUACAUACGGAAGAACAUUGUCCCCCAUGAGUACCGACGUCACUUUCCUGUUCAAAUGAAGGACCACAACUCUCAUGAUGUGCUUCUUCUCUGCACUUCGUGCCACGCUGUGUCUAAUUACUAUGAUUCCAACUUGAAACAGAAGCUGGCUGAGGAGUUUAAUGCCCCUAUUGGAUGUGAAGAAGGUGUUCGCCUGCUGGAAGAUCCAGUACGCCGCCAGGUGCGCUCUGCAGCUAGAGCUCUUCUUAAUGCCGCAAAACUACCUGAGUGCCGCAAGGAGGAGCUAAUUAGUGAAAUCAGAGCAUUUUAUAAUACAGAGGACAUCACUGAAGAGAUCAUGAAAGAGGCUGCUGGUCUGGAAACCAGGAUAUUUAAUGAGACCUAUACUCCACAUGGACUGAAAGUGGUGCAGAAGUUUGCCCUGGGUGGCCUGAGGGCUCUAAUGGAGCUGGAGAAGCGUUGGCGGCAGCAUUUCCUUGACACCAUGCAUCCCAAGCAUCUUCCUCAGCAAUGGUCCGUGGACCAUAACCACAGAAAGCUUCUCAAAAAGUAUGGCGAUGAUCUUGUUGUCCAGCUCUGCUAGCAGGAACAGUGUAGACCCUUUUAUUUAACCCCAUGAAUAUGGGAUGAAGAAUGAAUUGUCUUUUAACUUUGCCCUGUAGAUUCAAAUUCCUGUAUUUAUAUUCAUCUUUAAACUCUUUUUUUUUUUUUUUGGUUUCUGAUGGACUCAUCAUGUAGAACCUGAGGUUUACAUUUUACUUUUGUGACAUCAGUCUAUAUUUUCUUAGAGUCUACUUUGUAUGGAGAGACAUUUUACAAAUCUGAGCCUGUUGCCCAUACACUGUAUAGAACACCAGGCACCAAUUCCUUGCCAUUCUUGUGCAUGGAUGAAAUUACUGUCCUGUGAGGGUGCGUCCAUUAAACAGAAAAUCUAGGGCUCCUUCUUAGUGUUUCAUGAUUUUCUUGUUUAUCAUACAUGGUUAUUUUUAGUUGGAUUUCCUCCCAUGUGACCAGUAUUUUUUUUAAUUUAUUUAAUUGUCUUCAUGUGGAGAAAUCAAAUUUUUGAUUUGGAGACGCACCUCUCGCUCUGUAGAAAUGCAUGAAAAAAAGUAAAAAAAAAAUGGCAAAUUUAACUGUAAUUUAUUUUGAAUAAAGAAAAAAGUAAUUUGUAACUUGUGGCUUUGUUACAUUAUCACUGUCCAUCUGGGCCGUGGGUGCCAACUAAGGAUUUAUUUUUACAGGACACAAACUGAGGGUCCAUUUUGAGAUGUUUAGAGACUGUACACCCAGAGGGCCUCAAAAUGCCAUAUCUGGCCCUUUUCAUUACCGCAACAUUACCGUAACCCACACAAUGGAGGUUUCUCAUUGAUCCAUACCUUAAGAUGAUUUGUUUUUGUAUGGUACAUUUUGCUCACAAUGGUUUUAAGUAUGUAAUCAAGGUGUUCUAAAAAGCCAUGUAAUAAUCCAUGUCUAAAUCCAUAGGUAUAUUUUAGGAACCUUGAUCAGAGUGCCAAACUAAGUGGGCUUGUAGUUUCCAGCGUUGUAGUUUAUUCUAUUGGGUAGCUUGCUCUUUAGCAGUUCAUUUUAGCAGAUAAAAGAACUGGAGUUGUUGUGAUGAAUCUUGUAUGUUUUUAGUUUUGCUUUCUAUGUAUGACUGUAUUAUAGAUUUGGUUUGUUGCACUAUUGCUACAUGACUAUAAGUGGAAGCAGUUUCUUACUCACACACAGCAUGUUUAAUUAUAUUUUCUUUCACGUUUCAAAUAUUUUUGUUAUGACCCACAUCUGCACAAGUUUGUCCUGAUAAUAUAUGAACUUCCAGCCCGUAAACUGCUAUUGCACAGAACACUUGCACUCCACAUGUUAAUAUCGAAUCUGCACCUUAGAUCACAAGUCUACAUGACACCUUUCCAGUCCUUAAUGUCUGUGUUCCACCCUCAUACAACCACAGCCACACACCUCUGAAAUCACUGUGACUGCACUGCACUCUUGUGUACCUAUUCACUUUUCCAGUCAUUAUGGCUGUACCCUUCCACUCAUGUAUAAUAAUUCACCUCUCCAGUCACUAUGGCACUACUCCUGUGACAAAGAGACACACACCUCUCUACUCCAAUCACAUUCACCUCUCCAACUUCUAUGGCUGUUCUCCACUUAGACAUAACUAUGCACCUCUACUUAUCCUAUUGCUAUUCUCCACUUAUAUAUAGCCAUUCACCCCUGAUCUCUAUGGCUGUACUCCAUUCACACAACCAUGCUCCGAUCUAUACCCUAUGGCUGUCAUACAACUGCCCACCUUUCAAAUCACUGCAACUGCACUCCACUUACAUAUAACCAUUAACCUUUCCAGUCCCGAAGGCUGUAUUCAACUCACAUGCAACCAUAGACCUCUGCAGUCACUAUGGCUAUACCCUGAUGGCAAAAAGCCACACUCCUUUCUACUCCCCAUAGCUGUGCGCUACUCACAAAUUCCCUCUCCAACUUCAUUGAUUCCAUCAAGCACCUUUCCAUUUUUUUCUGUUUAAGUUUUUUAAAUAUAAAACUCAAUUUUUAAUACACUAGUUUAUGUAUUUUAUUUUUUUUUAAAGUAUGUUUUAUUGUCUGCGCAUUCUCCUUUGUGUGUGAGCCUAGCUUGUGUGUGUAUAGAACAUUUUCUCUUUACAGACAUUUAUUCUUCGUGAUACUGGCAAGAAAAAUGAGAAUUGUCUCCAUUGUCUGUAAACUACAACAGUGUGGUCUGAGCAAGCAGUGUGGCAACUUGCAUUUCUGCAGAGAAAAUGCUGUGUGCCUUUAUUCUAGGUCAGUCUUUCUAUGCAAAUGAGACGUGUAUGUGACGCCCAAUAAAAUAGCAAA